AUGUAUGGGCGGGAGCCGCCUACGUUAUUUUUCCCAGCUCUGGAACCAUACGUUGAUUAUGUGUUUGAUCCACAAGGUUAUCAGCGCCAUUUGUCUCGUAUUCGGGCUUGUAUCGAGGACAAUGUCGACGAGUGGGUUACUGCUCAUGGUGCUGGGUUCCAAGCGCUGAAAGAGAGGGAGAAGAUUGCUGCUGCACGUCGACAUUUUGUGGGACAACGUGUAAGGCUGAGGAUACACCAUCCUAACAAUCUGCCAGGUCGGAAGUUAUUACCUAAAUGGCAGUUGAAUUGGUAUAUUGCUAAGUUCGUCCCGGGAACACACUUGAAGACGGUGGUCCUUCGACACUACCCCUCCAAGGAAGAGAAGGUGAUCUCUACUGACUAUAUAGUUCCCGAUCCGGUACAGCCUGCCGAUGUCCCGGUAGAGCUUGGCAUUGUUAGGUUGGAUCCUCCUGUAGAAGAGGGGCCGCGUAUAGAGCAGUUUCCAUUUCGUGAUGAGUUGGUUCGCUCGGCUGCUUCUAGACGGUCUGCUAGAUCUUCGGUUGUCCCGGACGUCGAAGCUCCUGCUAAUCUUCGGUUGGUCGACAUUCCCUAUGUGUAUGAUGGUGAUGAUCUUGACCCUCUAGCUGAAAGACGAGAUGAUCUGCUUCCGAGACUGGAGGCAUCAUCGCCUGGUUCUGCACAGGUCGGUAUGCCGAGACUGGAAACCCCUAUUCCAGUUCCUGUACAAUUAGGGUCUGCCGUUCUCCGGUCUCCUGCCACGAGUGGGCCGGUUUCCCAGGCUACUGGUAGGUCUGGGCCUGCUGUGGUACCUGCUGGUUUGGGGCCCUCUGGUGGUUCUCCCUCGUUGGGACUGGAUUCUGCUUCGCAGGAAUGUGGUGCCCCUAGAAGGUCACUGCCUUUCUCGGCUUCCACUCCCACCCAUGUAGUGUCGGCCCCUGCAGCCGACUUCGAGCAGUUGUUAGGUCAUUCUGGGCCUUCCUCAAGGCAAACGUUAAGUGCCCCUUCUGUGUUGAUCUCAGCUCAGCGUCAGCAACUGCCCUCUGUUUCGCCAACUUUGGUCGACUCUGGCGAGACACCGUCUUUAAGUCUGGGUUCUGGAUUGGUCUCGGACGCCCCGGUCUCUACAGGCCCCUCUAGGAAUACGUCUCAGCUAGUUUCGUCGAGCUCGAUUACAACAUCUUCUGGUACCGAUGAGACGUUACCGUUGACUCGAGGUCCAGAUCCAGCACCUGCCCCUGAGGUACAAGUAGAGGAAGCGACUGUUGAGUCCUCUACUGAUCUCGUAAUUCCUGACGGGAUCCCUACUACCCCUGCUUUGGGAACCUCCCCGGCCGCGACAGACACUCCGGUAGUCUCUGCUCGUAGUGGUGGUUCGACUUUGUCUACUCGCACUAACGCUGAUGUGCUGGCUUCUAGUCCAGAGCAG